GCCCUCCCGGCGGUUUUCCGUUUGAGUCUUGCUGUUGAUCUCUUGUUUACACCCAUUUGUUUCAACCAGUUUUUUGUUGUGGUUUUCGUUGUGGUUUUCGCAUAUUAUUGGUGUUGCCAUUCGUUUUUGAGUUAAGAAUCGUUCAAGGAGAUUUAGAAAAAGAUCGAGGCUUCUACAGAGUGUAGUUGAGUGAGCAAGUGCAGAAUAAGUGUCAUGGUUAAAUAUAAGGAAAGCUACUUGUGUUCAGGAGGUAAGAAAGGAGAUGGAAGGAACGGUUGGGCAGAGGGUUGUGCCUCAAUUGAGAGAGGGGUGGUUUCUAAUCAUGUAUGAGGAGAAUUUGAAUAGUGAGAGUACGAGCAUGUGGAUUGAGGAUUGUGGCUAAAUUUCGAAGAGCUGGUGUUGGAUUUGGUUAUAACCAAUUGUGAUUACUGGGUUUUGAGGAGUCGAGAAACACGCGUGUGUUAAAUUUGAGGGAAGCUGCCUGUGCUCCCCAAAGUGGCAAAGGGGAUGGAAGGAGCGGUUAGGCUGAGGGUUGUGGCUCAAUUGAGAGGGGUGGUUGCUGAUCUAUAUGUGAGGACGAUUUGAAUGGUAAGAGCACAAGCAUGUGGGUUGAGGAAUCUGGCUGAAUUUCGAAGAGGUUAGUCUUCGAUUUGGUUAUAACCAAUUGUGAUUACUGGGUUUUGAGGAGUUGAGAUACACACGGAUGACAAGUUGAGAAUUAUGCUUUAAUUUAAAAAUCGCUGGAGCCUUCGCCUUCCAUUGUGUACAUGUUAGAUUCAUGCUAAUUGUUUUAGCCUGUGAUUGUUGUGGAAUUUGGAUUUGGGUUUUUCUUUUGGGUUUUUGGUAUAUUUUCAUGUUCUGGAGUUGCUUUUUACUAAAUUGCCAUGAUUUUU